UCGAUAGAAGAAGACGCCUUGAACCAAUAUGAAAAGACAUAUAAUAAUUUAUUAAAAACCAUAAAAUUUUACAAUAUUAAGAUUCAGUAAAUUUUAUUCUACCGUCCGUUCGGACAGCAGUUUCGACAAGAGAAGAACGAAUAAAAAAUUUUAGUGUUGCUCUUUUGAAAAUCAGUUCAAAGGUAUAUAAUAUAAUCUCUCUUCUCUUCUUAAUCGUUUCCCCAUUACUGAGAGUCAUGACUCCUUCUGCGUUUCGUAAUCUGUUUCCAGUUGAUACGAUCCGUCGACUGAUGAAGGGCGGUGUUGAUGGGGAUCUCCAGUUGUUCGGAGAUCUUGUCCGACCAUCUCUUCGGGUUUCAACUUCUGGGUCUUUUGCCCUCGACUUUUCCCGUCACAACCAGUUUCUCCACAGUGUUGCUCAACAGUUAGCAGCACGAUGUAGUAUUAAAAUACAGAGUGAUAUUAUUGAAAUAAAGAGAAUCACAAAGAUCAAAACCGUUUAGCCGUUGUAUUCAAUUAUAGACUAUAAGUGGCGUAAGAACGACGUCCCGACCUACUUGCGGAGCGCACUUAGUGGCAACUACCCCUGGACAUCAUGGGCUUCUGUCUGUUAGCUGUACUCUUAAUGAUUGUGGUUCAGACUAAUCAAGCACAAAUGGAAACCUUGGAAGAUAUAUUGGUUUACCCACUGGACGCACCAUCGAAAAUUCACAAACGAGAAACCGAGAGAGCUUUCAGUGUUCGUUCCUUCAAUCAAUUCGUUGAAGAAAAACUAAUUCAGCAUUCACAAGCAUUGGAGCAUAUUAUCAAGAUUGUUCGUCUAAUAGAAGAAGUAAUGAAGAAGCUAAUAGCAAAUAUCAGUAGAAUUGUUACAAAACCGAAAUUGCCUGAGAAAAUUGAGGUACAUCCAAUAAAUAGGCGAAGUAAUGAUGAAGUGUCUGACAGUAAUGAGAAUCUUUUUGUUAAAUUGGGUAAAAAUCUUCCUAAGUAUGGUAAUUUGAUGAAGGAUGUAGUCAUGCAGGAGAUUCAAAGAGGCACUGAUCCGACCCCACUAGUCGAAGAUAUGGAAUCACAGACCGAGCAGUUCUUAUCCCGUCGUUCUAGCAAUGGCGGUCCCAAGGCAGUUCCCAGUACUGAAAAUAAUGAGAUAAGUCCGUGGUGUGCCGUCGCUAUACUUUGCCGUAGACGCAUUAGUCCUGUGUGUGGGUAUGAUGAGAAAUUCGGUUUUGGCAAGUUUGAAGAUAUCUGUCACAUGUUUCAAGUUAACUGCUAUUGGAAAUAUAACUUCUCUCUGGUGCAUUCGUGCAAGCCUAUGUCAUGAAGGACAAUACUAUGUAUUGUAUUUGACAUAUCAAGACGUGGAAAUAUCAUAGUUUCUUUUUGUAAUUCCAAUACAUUAAUAAAGUUUAGAAGUUUUUAAUUAAUACAGCUGUUUGAUGCCUUCCGUUAGCCCACUCCUGUGCCAAGUUCUUUAGGAUUCGGACAAACACCAUCGUCUUCUUUUACAUGUCUGUAAACUAGUACAAAAGUGAUUAUUAAUUAAACACAAUUGCAAAAGAAA